AUGUCGCCAAACACUCCCGCCUCCGCCUCUUCUGCUCUUCCUCGUUCCAGUAAUAAGCCAUUCCGCUUCCUCGACCUCUCCGCGGAACUUCGUAACAAGAUCUACGCACUGUCUACCAAUGUGCACGAGUACCAGCCACGUCUCAAGUUCGCCAAAGGCGAUGAACAUUUCCGUCCCUCUGGCGGCAUGUGUCCUGAGCUAGGUCGGCAUGUCACGGCGAUACUUACAGGACCUCCCCGCCAGACAAUUCCGUACGACAAAAUCUACAUCGGCCAAGGACGCUCCUACUGGGGACACAAGAAGCCAGCGCUGCCAACACCGCUGCCGGGAAUACUGGGCGUCAGCAAGCAGGUCAGCAGCGAGGCUCUCCCCAUCUUCUACUCUGGUAAUCAGUUCAUCAUGUUCAACAGCUGCAGUCUCGAGUCCGCCGCACGCUGGGUCUUCGAGACGGUGGGAGGAUACAAGGUUAAUCUUCGCAAUGUCACCUGGCAGGGCCGUGGCCCGUGCAAAGAGGCAGACGUGGUCGCAGCGGCCAUACUGCUGACACUCAUGUCUGUGGGUAUCCUCAAGGAUGGAGCCAUGAGAAUGUACGGGAACGGAGCUGUUCACAUGCUGUGUCGCCUCCGUCGCUUCCUCCAAGACACGGCUGUGGACGGCACCCUGUUUGGAAAGAGUAAGGAAGAUCUUGAAGACAUGGGCUUUGAAGACGUCGCCUCGCUCCUUGAGGAUCCGGUGGUCAAGUGGUGGAAGAGUAUGCCAACCGUACAGGAGGACCAACCCUGUGCAGCUUGCGCAGCAGAGGUGAUCGCCGAUUCGACUGAGGAUGGGGACUCAACUGACGAUAAGGAAGAGGAUGAUGACGAGGAUGAUGACGAGGAUGAUGACGAGGAUGAUGACGAGGAUGAUGACGAGGAUGAUGACGAGGAUGAGGAUGAGGAUGGAGGUGAGAAUGGGGAUGAGAACUAA